CAAGAGGAAAAGUGUUUUCCAGUGCCUUUGGCCUUCCUGUUGAAAGCAAAGUGUGUAUGAAGACUGUUGAAAUAUGUCAGAGACUUCCUCCCAUGACUCUUUCUAUGAUUCCUUAUCAGACGUGCAGGAAGAAAGCAAGAAUGCUGACUUCUUCCCAGAGCUAUCUGCUUUUCUCAGCCAGGAAGAGAUACACAAGAGUCUCGACCUGGCCCGGAGAGCUAUAGCCAGUUCUGAAACAGAGGAGUUUGACUCAGAAAAGGAGAUCGCUCAGAUUUUCAACACCUCUCCUGUAAGCCUCUGUGAAACUCCUUCCCACAAGAAGACCAAACUGGGGGAGCAGGCCUCCUCAGGAAGGCCUCAGGAAAACAGGCCAACACCUGUCCAGCUUCUGGCAGAAGAGCACCCUGAGCACACUACUUCACCUGUGUCAAGGAGAAAGCCUGCUCUGUCACCCCUGCUCGCCAGGCCCAGCUACAUCCGGAGCCUCCGAAAGGCUGAGAAACGGGGUGCAAAAAUUCCCAACCCAAACGCAAAAUCCAAACCAGCACACCAAAGUAAGUCGGGGCCCCAGGGCCAGCUAUGUGACAAGGCAGCCAAUCUGAUCGAGGAGUUGACAUCCAUCUUUAGAGAGGCGGCCAGGCCAAGAAACAGAAACCCAAAUGGGGAGUCCUCUUCGCCAGACAGUGGGUACCUGUCUCCUAAGAAUCAGCCAUCAGCCCUGAUGACUGCCUCAGCCAGCCAAAGCCCCACCGAAGACCAGCAGGAGAUGGACGCAGAGGUCAAGUUACCGGAGGCCAGACACUGCUACCAGGCAGCCCAGGGCGUGGCCCGAACUCCCAACAGCAUCCCGCACCCACAGCCCCAGAAAGGGCUCCACUUCCCGUCUGCGCCCCGCUUCAUCCAGAAGCUGAAAAGCCAAGAAGUCGCGGAAGGAAGUAGGGUUUACUUGGAGUGUAGAGUCACUGGAGAUCCAACUCCUCGUGUCAGAUGGUUCUGUGAAGGGAAGGAGCUGCACAACACUCCUGACAUACAGAUCCACUCUGAAGGUGAGGACCUCCAUACUCUGGUCAUCGCAGAGGCCUUUGAGGACGACACAGGUCGCUAUACCUGUCUGGCUACGAACCCAAGUGGCUCAGACUCAACAUCUGCAGAGGUGUUCAUUGAAGGAGCCAGUUCAACAGAUUCUGACAGUGAAAGUUUAGCUUUCAAAUCAAAACCUGGAGCCAUGCCACAAGCUCAAAAGAAAACAACUUCUGUUUCCUUGACAAUAGGAUCAUCAUCUCCAAAGACAGGAGUGACCACGGCUGUGAUUCAGCCAUUAUCUGUUCCUACUCAACAGGCUCACAGUCCGACUUCAUAUCUCUGCCAACCUGAUGGAACCACCACAGCCUGCUUUCCUCCUGUUUUUACAAAGGAACUGCAAAACACAGCAGCAUCCGAGGGCCAGGUGGUGGUCUUGGAGUGCCGGGUCCGAGGAGCACCUCCUCUGCAGGUCCAGUGGUUCCGGCAAGGAAGUGAAAUCCAGGACUCUCCAGAUUUCAGAAUUCUACAGAAAAAACCUAGAUCUACAGCUGAACCUGAGGAGAUUUGCACCCUUGUUAUCGCUGAGACUUUCCCUGAAGAUGCUGGAAUCUUUACCUGCUCAGCAAGAAAUGACUAUGGAUCAGUGACAAGCACUGCCCAGCUAAUUGUCACCUCAGCCAAUGCUGAGAACUAUAGCUACAACUCAUUGGGAGAAUCCAACAAUGAUCACUUCCAACGCUUUCCACCUCCCCCUCCAAUCUUGGAGACAAUUUCCUUUGAGUUGGUGUCAAAGAAACCGCCUGAGAUCCAGCAAGUGAACAGUCCUGACUCAGGACUUAGCAUGGCAGCCCUUCAAAUGCAAUUCAAUUCUUCUGAGAGGGAAACCAACGGAGUCCAUCCCAGCCAUGGAGUCAAUGGACUGAUUAAUGGCAAAGCUAACAGUAAUAAAUCUCUUCCAACACCAGCUGUCCUGCUUUCACCCACUAAGGAGCCACCACCUCUGCUUGCCAAACCAAAACUGGACCCCCUGAAGAUCCAGCAACUGCAGCACCAGAUCCGCCAGGAGCAGGAGGCGCGCGCUCGGCCCCCCGCGCCGCCCUCGCCGCCCUUCCCGCCGCCGCCCGCGUCCCCGGAGCUCGCGGCCUGCGCGUCGCCCGCCGGCGCGGAGCCCAUGAGCGCGCUCGCCUCCCGCUCGGCCGCCGCCGCCGCCAUGCAGUCCUCCGGCUCCUUCAACUACGCGCGCCCCAAGCAGUUCAUCGCAGCGCAGAACCUGGGUUCCGCGUCCGGCUCCGGCACUCCGGUCUCCAGCCCCGCCACCUCCAGCCUGCCGUCACCCUUGUCCCCCACGCUGAAGCCGUUCGGCCGCGCGCCCGGGCCCUUCGGGCAGCCCUUCGGCGCCGAGCCCGAGCCCGCGUGGUGCCCGUCCUCGCCGUCGCCCCCGCCGCCGCCGCCCCCGGUCUUCAGCCCCACCUCCGCCUUCCCGGUGCCCGACGUGUUCCCGCUGCCGCCGCCGCCGCCACCGCUGCCCAGCUCGGGCCCCGGGUCGCUCUGCGCCUCGCCCGGGGCCCGCCUGGGUCACGGCCAGACGCCCGCCGCCUUCCUCAGCUCCCUGCUGCCCUCGCAGCCGCCGCCCGUGGCCGUCAACGCUCUGGGGCUGCCCAAGGGCGUCACCCCCGCGGGAUUUCCAAAGAAGGCCGGUAGAACUGCUAGGAUAGCCUCUGAUGAGGAGAUUCAAGGUACAAAGGAUGCUGUCAUUCAAGACCUGGAACGAAAACUUCGCUUCAAGGAGGACCUCCUGAACAAUGGCCAGCCGAGAUUAACAUACGAAGAAAGAAUGGCUCGUCGACUCCUUGGUGCGGACAGUGCAAAUGUCUUCAACAUCCAGGAGCCAGAAGAAGAAACAGCUAAUCAGGACAUCGGGUCUGCUCAUGCUUCUGUAGGGAGCCCUCUGGAUGGUCAAAAGGAAUACAAAGUCUCCAGCUGUGAACAGAGACUCAUAAGCGAAAUUGAGUAUAGGCUAGAAAGGUCCCCUGUGGACGAAUCGGGUGAUGACAUUCACUAUGGGGAUAUGCCCAUGGAAAAUGGAGUGGCACCAUUCUUUGAGAUGAAGCUGAAACAUUACAAGAUCUUUGAAGGAAUGCCAGUGACUUUCACAUGUAGAGUGGCUGGGAAUCCAAAGCCAAAGAUCUAUUGGUUUAAAGAUGGAAAGCAGAUUUCUCCCAAGAGUGAUCACUACAGCAUUCAAAGAGAUCUGGACGGGACCUGUUCUCUCCAUACUGUAGCUGCCACCCUAGAUGACGAUGGGAAUUACACAAUUAUGGCGGCCAACCCUCAGGGCCGCGUCAGUUGCACUGGACGGCUAAUGGUACAGGCUGUCAACCAAAGAGGCCGCAGUCCCCGCUCUCCCUCAGGGCAUCCUCAUGCCAGAAGGCCUCGCUCUAGAUCCAGGGACAGUGCAGAUGAAAACGAGCCCAUUCAGGAGCGGUUCUUCAGACCUCACUUCUUGCAGGCUCCUGGAGACCUGACUGUUCAAGAAGGGAAACUCUGCAGGAUGGACUGCAAGGUCAGUGGGUUACCCACCCCAGAUCUGAGCUGGCAACUAGAUGGAAAGCCCAUCCGCCCCGACAGCGCUCACAAGAUGCUCGUUCGUGAGAAUGGGGUGCACUCUCUGAUCAUUGAGCCAGUCACGUCUCGAGAUGCCGGCAUCUACACGUGUAUAGCCACCAAUCGAGCAGGACAGAACUCUUUCAGCCUAGAGCUGGUGGUUGCUGCUAAAGAAGCACACAAACCCCCCGUGUUUAUCGAGAAGCUGCAGAACCACAGGAGUUUGUUGAUGGGUACCCGGUGCGCCUGGAGUGCCGGGUUGCAGGGGGUGCCACCGCCGCAGAUAUUUUGGAAGAAAGAAAAUGAGUCCACUCACUCACAGCACUGACCGAGUGAAG